UUUACAUUCGUAACCUCAAUGCUCGAAGUUCUUGCGUACUCGCCGUGUAGGUAGUGCGAGUGUCGUUUUCGAACUUUUAAAAUCAACGUAACUACCGUUUUCUUCUAUAGCUGGAAAGGCUGUGCGCCGUUUCAUGUAGCGAGCGUUGCUCUAGUGCUUCGAAGUAAAUUUUACGUAAAUUUUAACCGACCGUGCUGGGAAGUAUGGAUACACCGAAAUCAGCCAAGAAAGGGAAAAAGCGCGACAAAAAGCGGAAACACAAGAAACGCUCAGCUCGUGCAAAGAGCCCGGAUCAGUCGGACUCUAGCAGCAGUAGCAGCGAUGACUGGGCGGAAGCGCCGACCAAACUGGCCAAAGACCCGUCGCCGUCGCCACCGCAACUGCAACAGAGAGAUGACUGGAUGGACAUCGGAGACAUCAUUCCAACUAUAUCGGCAAAAGAUUACAAGUCACAGAGGAGGGCCGGGAGGAUUGAAGAGCAAAAGAGAAACAGGGCGCUGUCGACAAUCAACAAGGUCAGUAUGUAA